UCUCAGUGCCGAUCGUGGUGAUACAAAUUUAAUUACUCUAAGGCACUGAGCUAAAUUAUUAUACCCUAAAACUAGUAAUUAAAACGAACUUGAAGGAAAGUACAUUUGAAAAAAAAGGGAGCAAAAAUGUCUUGCAACGAGAAAGUGAAUCCAUUGAAGGUGAACUACGCAAUGACAGAACCUGGGGAGGAAGUUGUGAUCACUGGACUAUCUGGAAGGUUUCCUGCAAGUGACAACGUGAUACAGUUGAAGAAUAACUUGAUGAACAAGGUGGACCUUAUUACGGAGAAUUACUCAAGAUGGAGGCUAGAUCACGCUGAAAUCCCAAAGGAUGGCGGAAAACUGAACGGUUUGUCCAAGUUUGACGCGAUAUUCUUCGGUGUCCACUACAAACAAGCUCACACGUUGGAUCCUAUGUGUCGAUUGUUGCUGGAACACUCUUAUGAGGCACUCCUCGAUGCAGGAAUUAAUCCUAGGCAGAUACGGGGGAGCAAUACCGGGGUUGUGAUAGGAUCUUGUAUUAGUGAGUCAGAGAAGACUUGGUUCUACGAGAAGUUGCAAGCUAAUGGCUUUGGUAUCACUGGAUGCAGCAGAGCUAUGUUAGCCAAUAGGAUCUCCUAUUUUUUCGGUCUACAUGGACCAUCUUACGCGAUUGACACUGCUUGCAGUUCAAGUUUGGUCGCGUUGGAUCAAGCUUACAGGAUGAUACGAACUGGAAUAUGCGAUACAGUAAUCGUCGGUGGCUCGAAUCUCUGUCUUCAUCCUUACGUGUCUCUUCAGUUUGCUCGACUAGGUGUAUUAUCCACGGAUUGUCGCUGUAAGUCUUUCGACGCCAGAGCAAAUGGCUACGUUCGUAGCGAAGCAGUAAGCGUGAUCGUGUUGCAAAAAGCGAAAAAUGCAAAAAGGAUCUAUGCUCAAGUGGUCUACACGAAGAGCAACUGUGACGGUUACAAGGAGCAGGGUAUCACUUUCCCAUCCAGUGAAAUUCAGAAGAUGCUUUUAACUGACUUCUACAAGGAGUGCAAUAUCUCACCUAACUCUCUAGCUUUCUUGGAGGCUCAUGGUACUGGUACCAGUGUUGGAGAUCCUGAGGAAUUAAAUGCUAUAGAGAAGGUGUUCUGCCAGGGCAGAAGUACUCCUCUUAAGAUUGGUUCUAUUAAGUCCAACAUAGGGCAUACUGAGCCUGCCAGUGGUCUCUGUUCUAUAGCAAAGAUCAUCAUUGCAAUGGAGUCAGGUCUCAUUCCUCCAAACAUACACUUCAAAAGUCCCAUGAAAGGCAUAAAAUGUUUUGAUGAGGGAAAGGUUGAAGUAGUCGUAGAACCAACUCCAUGGAAGGGUGGUUAUGUGGGAAUAAAUUCAUUUGGUUUUGGUGGUGCCAAUGUUCAUGUCUUGUUAAAAUCCUGUACUAAAGAGAAAGUGAACAAUGGAGCACCUUCUGAUAAUCUUCCUAGAUUGGUAGCAGUCUCUGGUCGCACACACGAGGCGCUAGAAACUCUUCUAGGCUAUAUGGAAAGUAUUCCAGUGGACGUGGAGUACAUUCGACUUUUUCAUGACAUUUAUGCAGAGAAUGUAACUGGUCACAUGUUCAGAGGGUACACUAUAGUUGGAUCUAAAAUAUCAGAGAAACCGCCAAGGGAGAUUCAAGAGUAUUCUGGCAUGAAGAGACCAAUUUGGUUCGUAUUCUCUGGAAUGGGAUCCCAAUGGGCUGGCAUGGGUGAGGCAUUGAUGAUGUUCCCUAUCUUCGUGAAAGCCAUUCAAAAAUGUGACGCAGUCUUGAAACCACAUGGCCUUAACAUCGUCGAUAUCAUCACUAACAAGGAUAAAAAAACUUUCGAUAAUAUUGUGAAUUCCUUCGUUGGAAUUGCUGCUAUUCAGAUUGGACUUGUUGAUCUGUUAACAACCGUGGGCAUCGAACCAGACAAUAUCAUUGGUCACUCUGUUGGAGAACUUGGAUGUGCCUAUGCUGAUGGAUGCUUCACUGCUGAGCAAAUGGUACUUGCAGCUUAUUCCAGGGGUCUAGCUUCCAUAGAGACCAAAAUGAUUAAGGGAUCUAUGGCUGCAGUUGGUCUUGGUUAUGAGGAGAUCAAAGACUUGUGUCCACCGGAUAUCGAAGUAGCUUGCCAUAAUGGUCCUAAUAGCACUACCAUAAGUGGUCCUGCUGAGUCUGUGAAGGAGUUUAUCACCAAGUUGCAGGCCAACAAAAUCUUCGCCAAAGAAGUUCCAUGCAGCAAUAUCGCCUACCACAGUCGCUAUAUUGCACAAGCAGGUCCAAAACUACUAGCAAACUUGAAGAAAGUGAUACCAAAUCCAAAACCACGAAGUUCCAAGUGGCUGAGCACCUCAGUGCCUCGUAAUCAGUGGAACACCCCAGCUGCAAAGUAUUCCUCCGCUGAAUAUCACACGAAUAAUCUGUUAAACUCUGUAUUAUUCUCUGAAACGGCUACGAUGAUCCCAGCAGACGCGAUAACAAUAGAAAUCGCGCCUCAUGGUCUCCUACAGGCGAUCCUGAAAAGAUCCUUGGAUCAGAAUGUGACGAAUGUACCAUUAACUCAACGUGGUCACAAAGAUAACGCUGAAUACUUCUUGCAAGCACUUGGAAAAUUGUAUAACAUUGGCUUGCAACCUCAGCUCGCGAAUCUUUAUCCUCACGUAGAAUAUCCUGUUAGCCGUGGCACUCCCAUGAUCUCUCCUCAUAUUAGGUGGCAACACUCUGAUGACUGGUUCGUACCAGUUUACACACGGCGUCAGAAAAUCACCACAGCAGAAAGACUAAUCGAAGUGGAUCAAAAGGAUGAGAACUACGAGUUCAUGAUUCACCAUGUGAUCGAUGGAAGGAAUUUGGUCCCUGCUACAGGAUACCUGAUUAUGGUCUGGGAAACUAUGAGUUUAUUGCAGGGAAAAUUAUACGACGAGAUAUCUGUAGUCUUUGAAGAUGUGAAAUUCGAACGAGCAACCACUAUUCCUGUUAAGGACAAUGUUCUACUGACAGUGAUGAUUCACAGAGGAACUGGAAGAUUCGAAAUAUCAGAGAGAUCAACGACUGUAGUAACAGGAAUGAUUCGUGAGCCAACAAAUCCUGAACAAGAGACGAUACCGCCCAGGUUCCUAACACCAAUCGAAGAUGAAGAAGCUCUGAAUACCAAGGACAUUUAUAAAGAGUUCAAAAUUCGUGGUUACGAAUACACUGGAUUGUUCCGUGGAUUAAGAAGUGCUUCUAUCGGUGGAACGAGAGGACGUAUCGCUUGGGUAAAGAACUGGGUAGCGUUUAUGGAUAAUAUGUUGCAGAUACAGCUUCUGGGAAUUGAUACCAGAGCUUUGUACGUGCCAACUGCGAUACAAAAGCUGGUGAUUGAUGUUAAGGUUCACAAUAAUAGAGUUCGAAAUCUUACAGACGAAGAUAAUGAGAUCCCAGUGUUCGUAUAUAAGGAUUACGGCAUAAUAAAAUCCGGAGGAAUCGAAAUUCGCGGAUUGAAAGCCAACGCCAUUCAGACUCGAAAACUAUUAGCCGACCCGAUUUUAGAAGAAUACAAAUUCGUGCCGCACCGCGAUAGAGCUCAAACUUCACUGGAAGACAUGAUCAUAUUGUCUACUCAUCUUGCCUUAGAGAGUCACAUAAUAACCAAUCCAAAGAUACUUGAACUGAUCAACCCUGAGGAUAAAAUACUCCUUGAGGAAACAUUAACGCCAACCUUCAUUAAAGUGCUAGGAAAUCUGCCAAUGAUUCGUCCAAAAUUGUUUCUCGCAGCAGAAACAGAAAGAUGCGAAAAAUUAUCACUCCCUGAUAACGUCACUAUAGUAAAACCAAAUAAACUACCAGAAGAUGGAAGUGUUUUCAUGGCAAUUGCUUAUGAUAUCUGGUUAAGAAGGAGGCAGAAUAUUUUGAAGCAACUUUUGCUUGCCACUGAAGAUCAUGGAUUCAUUUUACUGAGAGAAACUAUCGUUGACAAAGAAGCUUUCUCUUAUUUCCAAGCAUGUGGACUAAACGUUGUAUUAGAAAAAAGUUUCAACGAUCAAACGUUAUUGUUGUUGAAGAAAGAAGAGAAACCUCCUCAGAGAACAGAAGUAGUGUACGUGAAGAAUAAUGAGUUCAGCUGGCUCGAAAAGGUGAAGCAAACUUUAGUAAAUGAGAAAGAUGAAAACAGUAACGAUACGGUAAGAUUGGUAUUAGUCGCAGAAGGAGACAUGGAAAAUGGAGUUCUAGGCUUGGUGAAAUGCUUGAGACGUGAGCCUAAUGGACAAAUAGUGAAGACUGUAAUAAUUCAGGACAAAAAUGCUCCCAAGUUCUCACUGAAUGAUCCAUUCUACGUUAAACAGCUUAACAUAGACAUUAGUUACAAUGUCUUGAGACCAGGAAGAGUCUGGGGUACAUAUAGACAUGUUCCUUACCCAGAAUUGAAGCCAAUUCCGAUUCCCCAUGCCUACGCUAAUUUAAAGGUUAAAGGAGACUUGAGCUCCUUGCAGUGGAUAGAGGGGCCAAUCCAACCGGAUCUAAAAACCGACAAUGUGGUCAAAGUGGUGUACUCCUCUUUAAAUUUCAGAGACGUGAUGCUGGCCACUGGUAAAUUAAUGCCAGAGGCUAUUGAGGCUGACAGAUUUAACAGAGAAUGUCAGAUUGGUUUCGAGUUCAGUGGAAUCGACUCUAAAGGACGCAAAGUGAUGGGCUUCGUUCAGAACAGAGGUAUAUCCAACCUAUGCACUGCGUCUAAGUUCUCUCUAUGGCCUGUGCCUGAAAAUUGGUCCUUGGAAGACGCAGCCACCAUUCCUUCCGCCUAUAUCACUGUUUUCUGCGCCUUCUUCAAAUUUGGAAAAUUGAAGAAAGGCGAGAAGGUGUUGAUCCACGUUGGAAGUGGAGCCGUGGGCCAAGCUGCCAUCAACGUAGCACUUGAUGAAGGCUGUGAGGUCUUCACCACUGUAGGUACACCAGAGAAACGGAAAUUCAUCAGGGAAAACUUCCCUAGCAUAGACGAUGACCACAUUGGCAAUUCUCGUGACACGAGUUUUGAGCAAAUGGUGAUGAAACAGACCCAUGGUAAAGGAGUGGAUAUUGUUCUUAAUUCUUUGGCCGAAGACAAGCUUCAAGCUUCGAUCCGUUGCUUGGGCUAUCAAGGUCGUUUCCUAGAAAUUGGUAAAUUCGAUUUGAUUUCCAAUAAUAAGCUUGGAAUGGAUAUCUUCCUGAAGGAGAUAAGCUUCCAUGGAAUUAUGCUGGACCGUGUGAUCAAAGGUACUAUUCCCAGCGUGCAGGAGGAAAUGUAUAAUAUUGUGGUAACUCGAUUGAAUAGCAAAGCUAUCAAACCUCUGGUAAGAAAAUGCUUUGAAAAGAACCAGAUUGAGGAAGCUUUCAGGUUUAUGGCAGCAGGAAAGCACAUUGGAAAGAUUUUGAUAAAAGUAAGAGAUGAAAAGGAGCCACUGAAUGCACCAAUUCUUGCCUAUCCACGAUUCAACGCCAUUAGAGAUAAGAGCUACGUGCUCGUAGGAGGUCUAGGAGGACUUGGUUUGGAACUUGCAGAUUGGUUGAUUAUGCGUGGUGCCAUGAAUCUUGUAUUAGUUUCUCGAAAUGGGAUCAAAACUGGCUACCAACGUAUGAGGACCGAAACGUGGAAAUCCUAUGGGGUUAAAAUCCUCAUAAUUUCUGGUGUGGAUGCUUCAAAGGCGGAUGACUGUGAAUUUAUCCUUAAGUCAGCUGAGAAACAGGCUCCUGUUGAUGGCAUUUUCAACCUGGCAGCUCUGUUGAAGGAUUGCCUGAUGACGAACCAGAGUGAAGAGUCGUUUGCAGAGAGCAUGAAACCUAAAGCCAGUAUCACCAAGAAGUUAGAUGAAUUAUCCAGGAAGAUCUGUCCAAAGCUUCACCACUUUGUGGUCUUCUCUUCUCUUUCUUGUGGCAGAGGAACUCCUGGUCAGACUAAUUAUGGAAUGGGUAAUGCAGUGUUGGAGAGGAUCUGUGAGAGAAGAGUGGAGGAAGGUCUUCCAGGCAUGGCUAUUCAAUGGGGAGCUGUGGGAGAUGUUGGUCUUGCUGCAGAGAUGUUGGAGAAUAAACAGCAGUUGGUGAUUGGUGGAACCUUGCCUCAGAGAAUAUCUUCAUGCUUGGAGGAAUUGGAUAAGUUCAUGUGUCAAAAUAGGCCUAUUGUGGCCAGUAUGGUAGUGGCAGAGAAACGUCCCAGUGCUAGUGAGGCUAGCAAUAUUCUUGAGACAGUGAUGGGUAUUAUGAAUAUAAAGGACCUGAAGACUGUGAGCCAGAGUUCUUCCUUAGCUGAGCUUGGAAUGGACUCUAUGAUGGCUGUGGAGAUAAAACAGACUAUGGAGAGAGACUUUGAAGUCUUCCUCACUCCACAAGAUAUUCGAGUAUUAAACAUAGCCAAACUGGUGGAGAUGUCUGCAAAAGACUCCAAACAGCAAAAGAAACAGAUGAAGAAGACAGUAACCAAGGCAGAGAAUUUGAUUGGCAUGAAUCUACUGAUGAGGACCUUGAAUGUUUCUAUAUUAAACACCCAGUAUUGCGUGGAAUUUCCAGUUAAAUGCGGCGAAAAAAAGAACGAAGUCUUUCUCAUACCAGGAAUUGAAGGAUCUGCAUCAAUUUUCUCCUUAUUAGUUCCAAAAUUGAAAGUACCUGCUACUUGCUUGCAAUUGGGAAUAUGUGACACAGACGAAACAAUAGAAAAGAUGACUGAUCGCCUUACACCUCACGUUUUGGCCAGGAGUAAAGGUCGCAGCGACUUCGUGAUCGUAGGUUAUUCAUAUGGAUCCCUAAUAGCCAUAGAAUUAGUCAGAAGAUUAGAAGCUCACGCCCUAGUAGGUCACCUCAUCUUAAUAGAUGGAUCUCCAGAUUACAUGAAAGCCAUAAAGACGCAACACCUCACCUCGCCCAACCAAAACGAGAACCAAAACAAAUUCCUCACUGAUGUAUUGACUAUUGUUAAGUCACCUACUAUUCUGGAGUGCAAUUUAGAGUUAAAUAACUGCAGCAGUUGGAACGAGAAAUUGGACAGGGCAGUGAAACACAUGCCUGAGGAAAUUUGCAAGGUUUACACACUAGAAUCUCAGAAGUCGAUUAUUUCGUUCAUAUUUAAACGCUUGAACAUGAUAGAUAAGUACGACCCUACUUCCUUACCACCUCUUAGAACACCUAUCACGUUGUUGGUACCAACGGUAUCUAGUAUACAAGUUUCGGACGAUUAUGGUUUGGGAAAGUUAACUCAUGGAAGGGUGAUGGUGCACGAGGUUGAAGGAAAUCAUGUAACAAUGUUGGAUAACAAGAAGAUCGCAGCGGCCAUCAAUGGAGAACCUCUGGAUGAUAAAUUGUAG